AUGACCGGCGUGGAAGGCUUCACGCCUAUAAGUUUAGCAGAGGAGCGUCGCGGGACGUACAGGGAUAGAGACGCCGCACCCGCCGCUGCACAGGGAACAGAUCCGACUCGUCGUGUUCCGAGACUGCGAGACAAAGGGUCGCAGCCUGCUGUUCGACUCCAAGUCCGUGAAGAAGCUUGCCUCACAGCCUCAGAAGAAGACACAAUGUGGGAAGGUGUACGAGCGGUUAGGACGGCCAACACCAGGCAGCCAGAGCCACAGACCACCGACGAACAAAAAUUACCCUACCAGGUUCUGCGGCGCUUUGCGCUCGGACGUGAAGUCUGAUCGGCGAGAUGAUAUUCGG